AUGCCUCCAAGAGCAAUUAGUCGGAGAGUUGCGCGUGUUGGUGUGUAUCAGUGGCUGAGCCUGGUGGCAGCCAUAUGGCUGCAGUCGAUAAGUGGGACCAACUUCAACUUCCCGGCCUACUCCUCUCAUCUGAAGCAGGCGAUGUCUAUCUGCCAGGUUGAUCUCAACAACCUGGCCUUUGCCUCCGAUGCCGGCAAGCUCCUUGGGUGGCUCUCUGGGGUUGCCGCGCUCCACCUGCCCAUCUGGCUGGUCCUCCUCAUCGGCGCCUCUCUCGGCUUGAUCAGUUACGGUCUGCAGUAUCUCUUCCUUGCUAACCACAUCCCCACAGCCGAGUUGUCCUACCCACUUUUGUUCUUCCUUACAAUGUUGGCUGGCAAUAGCAUCUGCUGGAUGAACACCGUGUGCUACGCAGUCAUCAUCGGCAGCUUCCCCUCUGGAAGUCGGCAAGUGGCUGUAGGGCUAACCACAGCAUACCAGGGCCUCAGUGCCAAUAUCUACACCAACAUAGUCAAUGUGGUAGCACCAGCACCGACGUUUGCUGUCUCCCCUCAUACGCCUCAUCCCACGGCAGGAAGAAGAGCCAACACCUACCUCCUCCUUAGCUCCGUCCUACCAGCUAUUGUCUCUGCAGUCACUGCACCCUUUGUCAGUGAGAAGGACGACAUAGCUAGCCAUGGUGUCAGGGAACUAUUUGGGGUACUGUAUGUAAUAACGAUAGCCACCGGACUCUAUGCGGUCAUUAGUAGCAUGGGAGCAAUCGCGACCAAGAUAUCGCCGGUGUACAAUGCCAUUGGAAUCGGAUUGUUUCUAAUCGCCCCACUCAUGAUUCCGCUGAUAAAACGCAUUAGAGGGUCAUGGUUAGGCCGGUGGUGGACCAACAGACAGCAUGAGUCAACACGGAUAACUGAUGUUGCCAUGUCUGGAUCUGAAGCCGAAGAUAGCCAUCAUCUAGGGGGAGGGGAGAGUGUGUUGGUUAUCAUAAAAGGAGGAGGACAUGGUGAUCGCCAGGGGAAUAUUGGCACUGUUAGGGAGGAUGUUGGGGUGAAAUUGAUGCUGAGAAGGCUGGAUUUUUGGCUAUACUUCUUCAUGUAUUUGUGCGGAGCGACUCUGGGACUGGUGUACCUCAAUAACUUGGGACAGAUUACAGAAUCCAGGGGUACAUCCAGAACAUCGACCCUAGUUUCUCUGUCUUCUGCUUUCAGUUUCUUCGGCCGCCUCUUGCCUUCUCUCCUCGAUUACUUCUCAAGAGAGAAGUACAUGAUCUCGAGACCCGCUUGCGUGGUCGCACUGAUGGUCCCCAUGACGGGGUCCUUUUUCCUGUUGCUCAACUCUAGCAUUCUAUGCCACUACAUAAGCACUGCAGUGAUCAGCGCUUGCACCGGAGCCAUCACAUCCAUUGCUGUAUCAAUAACCACUGAGCUAUUCGGAACGAAGAAUUUUAGUGUAAACCACAACAUUCUGGUGGCGAACAUACCGAUAGGGUCGUUCAUCUUUGGCUACUUUGCAGCUGUUCUGUACCGCCGGGAAGGGAAUGGAGAUGGGGAAUGCAUCGGAAUGGAGUGCUACCGCAAUAGCUUCAUCAUCUGGGGCUGCCUCUGCUUCCUCGGAACAAACCUGGCUUUGUUACUAUACGCUCGCUCGCGUAGCUUCUACUCCCAAGGAUCAACCAGAAGGUGA